UUCAAGGAGUACCAGAGGGUGGGGCAGUCCUUCCGCGGCCUCAGCCAGGCCUUUGAGCUGGACCAGCAGGCCUUCUCGGCCGGCCUGAACCAGGCCAUCGCCUUCACCGGAGAUGCCUAUGACGCCAUCGGCGAGCUGUUCACCGAGCAGCCCAGGCAAGACCUGGACCCGGUCAUGGACCUGUUGGCGUUGUAUCAGGGCCACCUGGCCAACUUCCCCGACAUCAUCCACGUCCAGAAAGGAGCUCUUACCAAAGUAAAGGAGAGUAGGCGACACGUGGAAGAAGGGAAGAUGGAAGUCCAAAAGGCUGAUGGCAUUCAGGAUCGCUGUAACACUAUUUCUUUUGCUACUUUGGCUGAAAUUCACCACUUCCAUCAAAUUCGAGUAAGAGACUUUAAAUCACAAAUGCAGCAUUUCUUACAACAACAAAUAAUAUUUUUCCAAAAAGUGACGCAGAAGUUGGAAGAGGCUCUUCACAAAUAUGAUAGUGUUUAAUGACUGGACGUUGGAUUUUGGACUUCUUUUUUCAGUUCAAGGAUAAUUUCUAUAGCAGAAUACAAACUGCUAUCAAAGAACUAUUGCCAACUAUCAGCAGUGGUACAAGGAUGGUUUUGUGUUCAACUGAAACUGGGCUGAAUAUAUAAUUAUGUAGGAAAGAAGCAGUUAAUAUGGUUAUAUAACAGAAACAGUACCACACAUUGUAACUAAAUUAUACUAUGUAUGCCUACACUACCAUUGUAACUUUUGGAAUAAUGAGUAUACUAUUUGCCUUAUUGCUUUUUGAAGAAUGGGUAUUUUAGUGCAUACUUUGUAGACCUCAAAACCCAUGAAGGGUCUCAAAGAAGCUGGCUGGUUAAAAGCCUGCUGUGGAUGCCUUUUUACUCUCAUAGGUUGGGAUUACCUAAAUUCAGCCUAUUCUCUGUUUACAAACUCCAACUAGAGCAGCUAUGCGACUUUGUGCCUUUAGACUCUUGGUUUUUCAUUUCUCCACCCCCCCUACCCCUUUUUAAAGUAACCACAACUUUUCUGAUGGAAAGAGUGAAAGGCCAGUGCACAUAAUGACAAACUGCUGGGAACCUCCUGUUGGCACGGGGGGCAGGGUGGGAGGAUCAGCUGUCAUCAGUUUGCCCAGCGAGUUUUGUCUCCGGGAUCGAUGCUGGCGAGCACAGUGGAGGGAGACUCAUGUUCACCUUCAGAGAGGGUGUCUGUUAGUGAAGAAGAUGGUACCACUCUGUUCCCUUAGAUGCUGCAGUAAGCCUAGUCUCUUCACUCAAGUGUCCUGGAAACUUGACGUGAAGAUUUAAUCGAACAUGUCUUACAACCCGGAGAAGGGGUCUAAUCUGUUGGGGACAUGAGCACAGAAUCAGUGACAAUACACACUCGGUUUUAAUUCUUAAGAGAGUUUUCUUUUCUUUUUCUUCUUUUUUAGCUUGAAAUUUUUCUUUUAAUAUUCAGUGUGUGUGUGUGUGUUUUUUAAUGGAUCUACACUGUUAACUGGUUGAGACUCCACUGUAAUUCACUUGUUUACUUAAUCAAAAACUUUUCAGGGAUGUCUAUAAAAUUCAGUGUUAUACGUGAUGAAAAGUAAUGUUGGUUGAUCUAAUGAGGGACCAGAAAUAAUUUCUACUAUUCCAAAUGCUGAUGGAAAAAAGUAAUUUUUUUUAAAGUAUUGAUAAGCCCCCAGGACAUUUAACCUUAAAAAUUACUUUAAGUAUAUUCUUUUAUUACUAUAAGGGAAAUACAAAUGACUGAUAAAUACCAAAAAUAUUCAAAAGCAGCUUAAUCUAAAAAGCACAAAGAGAUUUUGGUUUGAAAUACCAGAAUCUCAACGUUUUUAUAGUUGCUGAGCUCAAUAAUGUGAUUCUUGAGUUUACAGGUUUAAAAACUGUCACUGAAAGGUUAAAGUGUCUACUGUUUUUAAUGAAGUCAAACUUAUGCUGCCUCAGAAAUCCCUGGGUAUUCAAGUGGUAACAUAGAAGUAAAGAGGUCAGUUUGAAAUGUUGGUGAGUCACAUUGAUUAAAAGAAAAGGGUCAAUUUGCAGAUAGUCAUACAAAGUGAAGGUUAUUAAAAUGAUUUCUCAAUAGCACAUUUACUCGAAAAAGUAAUCUCACAUGGGUUUAAUUUUUAAGAUCAGAUUUGAUCAAAAUUUUAUACCUUAGGUAACUUAGAGCCAGAUUUAACAUCAUGUGGCUUUGUCUCUACUAUCGACAUGUGGAACUGUAACCAAAUAUAUUGUUCUCUACAAAAAUAACUUUCUCCUGUUGAUUGCAAGAUACAGUUCUAUAAAUGAAACCCAUAUAUAUAUAUAUGUUAAUUUUAUUGCAGAAGUUUAGAGAUGAUAAUGAUAGCAUUUAAUUUAAGUUUGAGUCUGUAUUGGACAAAUAAGCACUAUGCUUUUCAAAUGAUUGGAAAAUCAUUUUUAUUUGCCUCCUUUUUUUGACAGUGGUUUGAUUUUUUGUUUGUUUAAGUAAAAAUCACUAAACUUGUGCAAUGGUAGCAUGGAAAUUAUCUGAGGUGUCUUGUAUGAUUGUGCUUUGGCCAGGGUGGACAUAGUUCAAAUUGUAAGAGCUAAAGAUUAAAGAGCAAGAAGGUAUAGGUUCAUGCUGCCUAUUUAGAAGAGAACUUUCAUUCUUCAGAACUACAUAACAUGAUAAUGCCACUGAUUCAUAAGGGGUUUAAAUUAAUUCUAUGGGGUAGGACACCAGGAUCAUUAGUGUUCAUUUUCAUCUAAGAUCUUUACCUCGCUAACAUUCUUGGUCCUAUUGAAACAUUUCAGUAUACAAAAAUACUGCAAUGUUAAUACCCAAGAGAAAAGCCAUCAUAAUGUGUAUGCUGGUCAUUAUGAUCAGUGUGGUACAAUUUUUAAAAAAUAAACUAUCAUGCCCUUCAAAAAAAAAAAUUGAUAA